UUACGUUGACGCCUCUUCCGUCUGCCAAGGUGGUGAGUGAAACGAUCAUUGUGUGACUACUGCUUUCACCAUGUUUCAUGGAAUUACAGGAGGAAUGGGGGGAGCCCCAGCCAACAAACCUGAGUUAUAUGAGGAGGUGAAAUUAUACAAAAAUGCAAGAGAACGAGAAAAGUAUGACAACAUGGCAGAGUUGUUUGCUGUAGUCAAAACUCUUCAGGCCCUUGAGAAAGCUUACAUCAAAGACUGCGUCACACCUAAUGAGUACACUGCUUCCUGCUCCAGACUUCUGGUUCAGUAUAAAGCUGCGUUCAAACAGGUGCAGGGCUCUGAUGUGGGCUCAAUUGAUGACUUUUGCAGGAAGUACAGGCUGGACUGCCCACUAGCCAUGGAGAGAAUCAAGGAGGAUCGACCAAUCACCAUCAAGGAUGACAAGGGCAACCUGAACCGCUGCAUUGCAGAUAUAGUUUCGCUUUUUAUCACUGUGAUGGACAAACUGAGACUUGAGAUCAGAGCCAUGGAUGAGAUACAACCAGACCUGAGAGAGCUGAUGGAGACCAUGAACAGAAUAAGUAACAUGCCGCCAGACAACGAGGCUAAGGACAAAGUCAGCCGUUGGCUGACCACCCUCAGCAGCAUGUCGGCCUCAGAUGAGCUUGAUGACUCUCAAGUGCGCCAGAUGUUGUUUGACCUGGAGUCAGCCUACAAUGCCUUCAACCGCUUCCUUCACUCCUCCUAAAGCCUUCAUCCACCUUUCUGGACUCCUUCGAUUCUGAUACCCGUUUCAGAAAUAUUAAACACUACCUAUUUUUUCUAACGGAUGUGGUAGUAACUGUAUCGAUAUCUGGACAGGUAUUACUUUGAUUCAUAUCCGACCAGUCCCCUCUUUUCUAUGUGUAUGUCAUCUCCUAUGCCCACAUUUGUGCUGUGACAUUCAGACAUGCCCAUCUUUAAUUCAAUGAUUAUGGUACACAACCCGCAGGUUGUCUGAUCAGUGGCUAAUCCAGAACAGGUUUGCAAGCUGACUGCAGCCUUGCACACUGGGCUCUUUAUGUCCUAUGAGAUGCUCCAUUAACUUGACAGGCCGGAGCGAUAAAACCCUCUGCAUCAGCCUGUCCUUGGUAAAACUGUUUACUUCUGACUUUAUAAUAUCAAAAAGUGUCUAUUUUGUACAUAGUGUAGCAGGGAAACCAACGAAACAAGCUUAACAAAUUCUAUUAGACAAAAUCGGCGCAGGCUGAAAGAUUAUGCCAGCUAAAGCUUUUAUACAAUUAGAAAUUAGCCUUGACAAAGAGGGAUGGAGAAGUUUUCUUAAUGUCCGCUCACUGCCUGAUAGGGCUCGAGAAUCAAAUAUUUGGGGAUAAAUUAGCAUUAAUGGUUUUUGGAUGCUUAAUCAAGCUUCAUAUUACACCAAAUUAGUUUCACCUUAGUGAACCUAUAUUUUGUAAAUAUCUUUAAAUACCAGGUGCCAAAGGCUCAAUCUGGUUCGUUGGUCGGUUUAUGCUUUUUAGACUGCACUUGAAAUUGAUGGGAGACUAUGGUGAAGGAAUGGUAUGCGUUUGUUUUUUGCUUUUUUCUUUCUACUCUCGUUAAUAUUUUAGCUACCAGGACUGUCUCAGUAAACAUGACUAAUUUUCUUAUGUUCUUGAAAUGUUAGGGUUUGGCCUCAAAGUGGGCAAAAGAAGGGUACAUAUCCCUUACUUGCUUACUAAAUGUUUCAACCCUACAUAUUUAUUAAGAUUUAUCAUUGUAAAUAGUUUUGAAUUAAGCAUGUAACACCUUUUUCAUAAUAAAGUUGAAAACUAC